CCGGCCAAAAACAAAGCCUGAGCAUCGCUCGAAAAAAAUCAGUCCUUCGCCGCCUCCGCGGAAGACCGACUGAUGCAACUGCAAACAAAGCUUGCUCCAAUAGCUAGCGGGCGAUGUGCUUGCUCAGCAGGUGAUUGAAGGAGAGGGCAAGGAGGCCACACCCCCUCGUUCGGAUUGGCUGAGGAAUUAUCUUUUUUCCUGCGCUUUGCCACGGCUUCUAUUCAUCCCCUGCCCCCGAUUCUGAACGAGCCACGUGGGAGUAUCAGGGAUCCAUUAGGUCACUUCUAGAAACUUGUUACCAUGAGUGUGGGAUUCAUCGGUGCUGGGCAGCUCGCCUUUUCCUUAGCGAGGGGCUUCACGGCAGCAGGGAUUUUGGCUGCCCACAAGAUAACAGCAAGUUCACCAGACACUGAUCUCCCAACAGUAACAGGCUUGAGGAAAAUGGGUGUAAAUUUCACCUUAAGCAACAAGGAGACAGUUAAAAACAGUGAUGUCCUAUUUCUAGCAGUAAAACCACCCAUAAUUCCCUUUAUCUUGGAUGAAAUUGGCUCAGACCUAGAAGAUCGACAUAUUGUAGUCUCAUGUGCUGCUGGUGUUACUAUCAACUCAAUUGAAAAGAAACUUUCUACCUUCUACCCCACGCCAAAAGUGAUCAGGUGCAUGACCAAUACACCAGUCAUUGUGCGGGAAGGGGCCACCGUUUAUGCCACAGGCUCACAUGCAGAAGUGGAAGAUGGGAAGCUCUUAGAACAGCUGAUGGCAAGUGUGGGUUUCUGCACUGAAGUGGAAGAAGAUUUGAUAGAUGCUGUGACAGGACUCAGUGGCAGUGGACCUGCUUAUGCAUUCACAGCCCUGGAUGCCCUGGCAGAUGGAGGGGUGAAGAUGGGCCUUCCUCGUAGACUAGCUGUCCGAUUGGGAGCUCAAGCCUUGUUGGGAGCUGCCAAAAUGCUGUUGGAUUCUGAGCAGCAUCCUGGACAGCUUAAGGACAAUGUUUGCUCACCAGGAGGUGCUACUAUCUAUGCUCUCCACUUUCUAGAGAGUGGUGGUUUCCGCUCACUGCUCAUCAAUGCUGUGGAGGCUUCCUGCAUCAGGACACGGGAACUACAGUGCUUAGCUGACCAAGAGAAAGUUUCCCCAGCUGCCAUUAAGAAAACCUUAAUGGAUAAAGUGAAAUUAGAGUCGUCCUCUACCAACAAGGUCAGCCUAUUCAACAAGAAGAAUCCUGGCAAGAAGUACUAAAGAAACCCAGGCCUUUGCCUGGGCCUGUUUUCUUUUUCUUUGCACACAAAUUGUUUUAAAGUGGGAUGUAUAGGAGGCGAUGUAUUCUGGAUUCAAGAUGUUGAGAGAAAGGCAUUUAAAUUUCCAGAAGUAAUUAUUAAGGUAUAGUUGAUAGGGCAAUGUUUUGGGGGGGCUGAAAGGAAAGUAGUUUUUUUCAGCCAUUUCUCUUAGGGAGGAAACUACAGCAGUCUUCAUUUGAACUUGACAGAUGAUUUGUUUACAUUUUUCAGUCCUAAUUUUCCUCCAAAGUUCUUCUUUCCUAGUUAAUCUCACAACAGUUUUGCACAACAAGUGAUCCAGAGAAAUAAUUACAUAGUCAAACAGAAAGUUAUCUCCAAGUAUUUCCAAGUCUUGUUCACCUGCAUUCAUUCAUUUGUUCCUUAUUUCAUUCCUCUCUCUCUUUCACAUACACAAACAUACACAUAUACAGGGUAGAAGCAGAUCUUCAAAUCUUGUUUCUGCAGUGUCUCUCAUUUUAACUAAACAAUUGUUUCUUCACUGCUUUCAGGUUUCAUAUAGGUUAUUUGUCUGUGCUUAUCUCACGUCAUAUGCUGCAAACAGUAUCUAUAGUAGUCUAUAAUCUCUUCAUUCCAUAAGAACAUAAGAAUCUUUUAAACCAGUGGUUCUCAACCUUUUUAAUGCCGCGACCCCCAACCGGUCGUAAGUCAAGGACUACUCAACCGGUCGUAAGUCUAGGACUACCCAACCAGUCGUAAGUCGAGGACUUUCCCUG